AACCUCAAAGAAAAAUACACACCACAUUAGAACUGUUAAAAAAAUCAUGCAAGUUCUAAGCAGUGUAUAAAAAAAAGGGUGUAAUUAUAUUGUAAAUUAAAUUUUUAAUUAUAAAUAACAUUAAUAUUUUAAAUAAAUAUAUUAACAAUCAUGUCAAUAUUGAGUAUAUUUCGUGGACAAAUAAGUCCUAAACGACUGUCACAGUUUUCCUGUAUCAUAAACAUUAAGGAUGGUUCAAGAUACAUGGCAUCAUAUGAAAAAUAUGCUGAACAUAAACCAAUCGAAAAAAUUCGUAAUAUUGGUAUAUCAGCUCAUAUUGAUUCUGGUAAAACAACACUGACUGAACGUAUAUUAUUUUACACUGGUAGAAUAUCAGAAAUGCACGAGGUAAGAGGUAAAGAUAAUGUUGGAGCAGUUAUGGACUCAAUGGAAUUAGAAAGACAAAGAGGAAUAACAAUUCAAUCAGCAGCAACAUAUACAAUUUGGAAAGAUCAUAAUAUAAAUAUAAUUGAUACACCAGGACAUGUUGAUUUUACAGUUGAAGUUGAACGUGCAUUACGUGUACUUGAUGGUGCUGUACUUGUAUUAUGUGCUGUUGGUGGUGUACAAUCACAAACAUUAACAGUUAAUCGUCAAAUGAAAAGAUAUAAUGUUCCAUGUUUAGCAUUUAUAAAUAAACUUGAUAGAAUGGGUGCUAAUCCAAAAAAAGUAUUAACACAAAUGCGUGCUAAAAUGGGACAUAAUGCAGCAUUUAUACAAUUACCAAUUGGUAGUGAAUCAAAAACAACUGGUAUUAUUGAUCUUGUAACACAAAAAGCAAUAUAUUUUGAUGGUAAUUAUGGUGAAUUAAUACGUUAUGAUGAAAUACCGCAAGACAUGAGAGUUGAAUCACAUGAUAAACGUCAAGAACUAAUUGAACAUUUGAGUAAUGUUGAUGAAACAAUUGGUGAAUUAUUUUUAAAUGAAAGUAGUUUAACUGAACAAGAUUUAAAAAAUGCAAUAAGACGUUCAUGUAUGAAACGUACAUUUACACCAGUUCUAGUUGGUACUGCAUUAAAAAAUAAAGGUGUACAAACAUUACUUGAUGCAACACUUGAUUAUUUACCAAAUCCAGGUGAAGUUAAAAAUUAUGCAAUUAAACAAUUAAAAAAUGGUAAAGAACCAGAAAAAAUAAUUCUUGAUCCAACAAGAAAUGGUGAAAAAGAUUUUCUUGGUCUUGCAUUUAAAUUAGAAUUAGGUAAAUUUGGUCAAUUAACAUAUUUUAGAUGUUAUCAAGGUAUGUUAAAAAAAAAUGAUUCAAUAUAUAAUACAAGAAAUCGUAAAAAAGUUAGAAUAGCAAGAUUAGUACGUUUACAUUCAAAUCAAAUGGAAGAUGUUGAUGCUGUAUAUGCUGGUGAUAUAUUUGCUUUAUUUGGUGUUGAUUGUGCAUCUGGUGAUACAUUUAUAAAUACUCAAAAAUUUGAUAUAUCAAUGGAAUCAAUGCAUGUUGCUGAUCCAGUAAUAUCAAUGUCAAUAACAACUAAAAAUACAAAAGAUCGUGAUAAUUUUGCAAAAGGUAUUGCAAGAUUUACAAAAGAAGAUCCAACAUUUAGAUUUUAUUGGGAUGAUGAUAAUAAAGAAAGUAUUGUAUCUGGUAUGGGUGAAUUACAUUUAGAAAUAUAUGCACAACGUUUAGAACGUGAAUAUAAUUGUCCAGUAAUACUUGGUAGACCAAAAGUAUCAUUUAGAGAAACACUUGUUGACUCAUGUGAAUUUGAUUAUUUACAUAAAAAACAAUCUGGUGGUGCUGGACAAUUUGGACGUGUUAGUGGUGUUAUGGAGCCAUUACCAUCAAAUAAAAAUACAAAACUUGAAUUUGUUGAUGAAACUGUUGGUACAAAUGUACCAAAACAAUUCGUUCCUGGUAUUGAAAAAGGUUUUUAUGCAAUGUGUGAAAAAGGAUUGUUAUCUGGUCAUCGUAUUGCUGGUAUUAAAUUUCGUCUUAUUGAUGGUGCACAUCAUAUUGUUGAUUCAUCUGAAUAUGCAUUUCAAAUGGCUGGACAAGGUGCUGUUAGACAAGUUUUUGAAGACGGUAAUUGGCAUAUAUUGGAGCCAAUAAUGUCGGUUGAAGUUACAGCACCUGAAGAAUUUCAAGGUUCAUUAAUGGGACAAAUAACAAAACGUAAAGGUUUAAUAACUGGUACUGACGGUAAUGAAGGAUGGGUUACACUUUAUGCUGAAGUACCACUACAUGAAAUGUUUGGUUAUUCAAGUGAAUUACGUUCAUCAACACAAGGAAAAGGUGAAUUUACCAUGGAAUAUUCACGUUAUUCACCUUGUGUACCUGAAUUACAAGAAAAACUUGUUAGAGAAUAUCAAGAAUCAUUAGGUAAUGAUCAACAACAAAAAAAGAAAAAUUAGCAUGUCAAAUAAUUCAUUUAUAUAUAAAUCAAAUUGUAAUUUUUAAUAAAAUAGAAAAAAAAAAAAAAACAAAUUCAUUUUAACUAAAUAAAACAGAACAAAAAAAAAAAUUAUUCAUUCAAUGAUGAAAAAUAUAAAUUAUUUAAUUACAUUAUUAUUCUUUUUUUUUUUUUUUUUAAUUUUUUAUUUUAAUCUGUUUUCAUUGUUUUUUCUCUUCUUGUCGUUUUGUUAUUAUUAUAAUUUUUUUUUUUUAUUUUUUUUUUUUGUUAAGCUCACAUUUAUUCUAUACAGACAAUUAUAAGUUUAAUUUUUUUAAUUUCAUUUUUUAUAUAAGUUAAUAUAUAUAUAUAAAUUGAUUUUUUGAAUAAUCCUAUUAAUUAAUAUAGAAUGAAAAUUCCUAUUACAAUUACAAUACUAUAAUCGACAAUGGGAUAACUUAAAUUUUAAUUCUUUUUUAUUAUUGUUGUUGUUGUCGUGGUUUUUUUUUUUUUUUAUUGUAUAAAAAACGUUGUGGAUUUAACAAUCAUUCUUUUAUUAAUUUAUAAUAAUCAGUAACUUGUUUUUUUUUUUUUUCUUUACUAGUAAUACAUUUUCGAUUAUGAUUUUUCAAAAUCUCUUCUCAAAGUAAUUCAAGAGAUUAUAUUAUUUAUCAAGUUUGGUGAUAAUUUACUAGAAUCUAUUUUAUAUAUUUAUAGCUAAAUCACGCUAUUUUACAAUAAAUUUUUUAAACACGAAGAUGAUAGAUUAAAUUAAAAAUUAAAUUUUUAAAGAAACCAAAAAAAAAAAAAUAUCUGCUUAAAUUUUUAGCUCAAUAUUAUGACAGUCAUUGAACACAUUAAAUGAAAUAAUCAGUCAUUAAAUAAUUAUUUUAAUAAUCGAAAUUUAAAAUAAAAAUUGAAAAUAUUAUUAAUUAUUAUCAAUUUUAAAUAUAAUAAUACAAUGGAAUGACGUCAAGUUAUUAUUGAAAAAUUAUUGUAAUCAAAGCCCGCUUAUAUAUUCAAUAUAUAUUUUAUAUAUACCUUGUGACUGUAUUAUUAAUUUUAUUAUUUUAAUAAUAUAAUACAUAACUGUUUUUAUUUUAUUUUUUAAAUAUUCAUUCUUUCAUAAUAUUUACACAGCACAUGUAUUCACUCUAUAUUUUUUUUUCAAUUUUUCAUUAUGAUACUGAAAUUAUAAUAAAUAAUUUUCAAACAAUAACUUUAACUAAUUCAUUUCUUCGGUAAGUACAACAAUCACUUUAUCUAUUCACUCAUUAAUUUAUAAUUAAUUAACUGGACACGAUAUUUAUAUGAGUAUUUUUAUCUCGAUUUUCAGUUCUUGUUGAUUUCAUUGAUUUAAAUUUAAAAAUUUAUUUUAUCAAUAUUUGACAAAUAUAAAUUAAUGAUUGAUUUAUUUUUUUUUUCAACAAAUAAAUUAAAAAUCAUUUGGAAUUUAAAGAUAAGAUUAGAUUUUUAAUUUUUUGUUUUUAUUUAUAUAUAUAUAUAUCCUUUUUUUUUUUAUUAUUAUUAUCAGGAAAAAUUUGAAUAAUUGUUGCAAGUAUUUCUCGGUCUACCUCAGCUUUGUGAUUGGGGAAUUAUUGGUGGUGG